GUUUUGGGGCUGAGAGGAAGUUAAGCAUCUCCCCGAGAGACCGAUGUGUGCAGAGCACCAAUAAGGGCCAGAAGAAAUGGCCGCAAGAUCCAGCAAGAGAUGAAGCUUCACUCCAGCUCUGGAAUAUGGAGCUAAUCUCCAUCCCCUCUCCCUUUCCCUUGCCAGGAUCCUUCAAUGGUGUCUUGUCAACCCUGCAUGCCCAUGAAUUGGCUUCAGUAGUCAUUAAAGAAUUGUUGGAGAGGACAAAAAUUGAUCCUAAAGAAGUAUCUGAAGUUAUACUUGGACAAGUAUUGACUGCAGGUGCUGGCCAGAAUCCUGCUCGACAAGCCAGUGUCGGGGCAGGGAUUCCAUAUGUGAUACCAGCUUGGAGUUGUCAAAUGAUAUGUGGAUCAGGCCUGAAAGCCGUGUGUCUCGGGGCUCAGUCUAUUAUGACAGGAGAUUCCAGUAUUGUGGUGGCUGGUGGUAUGGAAAACAUGAGCAAGGCUCCUCAUAUCAUCCGUUUGCGUGAUGGGGUGAAGAUGGGGGAAGCCUCUUUGGAAGACACUCUUAUUGUAGACGGCUUGACAGAUGCCUUCUACUGUUGUCACAUGGGAGUUACAGCUGAAAAUGUGGCCAAACAAUGGAAGGUUACUCGAGAAGAACAAGACCAACAUGCUGUAAUGUCACAGAACAAGGCUGAAAAUGCCCAGAAGGGAGGAUAUUUUGAUAAAGAGAUUGUACCUGUUGUUGUACCUUCUAAAAGAGGCCCCACAGAAGUUAAAGCUGAUGAACAUCCUCGCCAUGGGUGCAACCUAGAAACAGUGGCAAAGUUGAAACCUUGCUUCAUAACUGAUGGGACAGGCACCGUGACUGCAGCAAAUGCCUCAGGUAUAAAUGAUGGUGCUGCUGCUGUUAUUCUUAUGAAAAGAUCAGAAGCAGUUAAACGAAAUCUCAUUCCUUUGGCACGGAUCGUGUCUUCAGCUCAAGUUGGUAUUGAUCCUUCAGUUAUGGGAAUAGCACCUAUCACGGCAAUAAAAAAAGCUGUGGAAAAAGCUGGUUGGACAUUGGAUCAAGUUGAUCUGUAUGAAAUUAAUGAAGCUUUUGCUGCCUUAGGUGUCGCAAUAACAAAAGAACUAAAACUGAAGCCAGAAAAGGUUAACAUUGAAGGUGGGGCUGUUGCUCUUGGCCACCCUCUUGGAGCAUCUGGUUGUCGAAUCCUAGUUACACUUCUACAUUCACUAGAACGAACAGGUGGAAAACGAGGAGUUGCAGCUUUAUGUAUAGGAGGAGGAAUGGGCAUAGCUAUGUGUAUAGAAAGAUAAAAGGAAACUUUUCUUUGAUUUUGUAUCAAUUUGUAACAUGACUCAUCUUUAUUAGUAAGUAAUAAAGAAAUAUAAACCAA